AUGUGGGCCGGGCUGGGGCCGUGGCUGCUGGGCUUGGCCUUGGCCUUGGGGCCGGCAGGGCUGUGGGCGCAGAUGAGGCUGGAGGAGGCCGGCGGGGCUCUGCGAGCGCCCGGCGAGUCCGUGCUCCUCUCCUGCCGCGGGUCCGGAUUCACCUUCGAGAAUCAUUAUGUUCGCUGGUACCGUCAGGCACCCGGAGCGGGGGUCGAGUGGGUUUCCUGGAUAAGCCAUUAUUCAUCACAGGUGCAGUUUGGGCCAGCAGUGGAGGGUCGAGCCACAGCCUCCCGGGACAAUUCCCUCUCUGAGGCAUCUCUCAGCCUGCACCUCCUGCACGCUGGGGACGGUGCCCGCUACUUCUGUGCUGUUUGCACGGAGACACAAAAUCAGCUGAGAACUGCUGCUCUUGUCUUUGGGAAAGGAACUCAACUGACUGUGGAGCCAAGUAGUCCAAAACCUUCUGUCCCACAAGUCAUUGUGAUGAAAUCAAAGAAACUGAAAGAAGGAGGCAGCCCUGGGAAAGCAGCUUGUUUGGCAACAAAUUUCAGCACAAGGAGGAUCAGCUUGGAGAUGUCCUCUGCUGAGGUCGUGUAUGAACAGAGCACUCCCAUUCUGACAGCACAGGGGUUCUACAGUGCUAUGAAGGUGGUCAAUGUGACAAAAGACACAGAGGUGACCUGCAAGGCCCAUUUCGACACUGGCACCCUGACAGCAUUGCCAGAAAAGGAGGCUGAAGAACCAGUAACAAGGACCAGUAACAGGGUUUGCAACAGCACAGACACCCCUGCCCAAGGUCCCACAGUGCAGAGAGUGAACACGCUGUCCAUGGCUGUGCUGGGGUUGAGAGUCCUGCUGGCAAAAAGCAUCGCCUUCAAUACCCUCAUGAGUAUCAAGCUGGUUCUUUUCUGAGGUA